AAGUUGGAUAUUAGUGUAAGCUGGACAUAUACAAUGAAAAAUGAUUAGUGCAUCAGAGUGUCAUAAUGCAUGUAUUUUAGUCCACAUAGAUCCAGUAGGCCACUCUGGAAAAUAACUUCAUAAGUCAGGUUGAUGGGUUUGCUCCCCUUUCUCCUGAACUCCGGAGACUGGCUGUACCUUUAGUGUGUGAGUGAGUGUAUGUGCCUUGAUGGAUUCUCUGGAAGAAAUUUCACCAUACGUAGGGCAUACUGUACCCAGCGAUCAGAGUAGCGUUGCUCGUCUGUUAGUACUCCUUUGCGGUAGGCGGCGAUAUGAACCAACAUCAAUGCAUCAAUCGUCUUUAGGAACUCUGGGUGUUUCAUAGAUUUUAUGCAGGAACUAGAGUGGAAACAAUGGAACUGUCCUUCACUCAGCCGAGCUACUCUUGCUGCCGAUCUAGUUCUUUUGGGAUUUCUACGCUGUCGUGGAGCCACCAGGAAAUGCGAAGUGCGAAUUGAACGCUGCGGACAGGAGGCGGAGGACGCGACCGGGACGAAUAAACCAAGUGAUACAGAGAGAACAUAAAUAAUAAAGUCUAAUAAAGGAUAAACUGCAAUCUCUACUCUGUCUGGUAGCCCCAAACCGAAGGCAACCCAAGAGUGACUCCUAAGACCAGGUCGCCAUCCUCGGCACGGCAUGGCGACCUCCUCCCCAAAGUUCACAUGGUGCCCUUGCCAUAAGCACAAGAUCCCAUCCAAAGACACUCAUGAACGCUGCUUGCACUGCCUGGGCAUACAGCAUGCCAAGGAGGCCGUGCUGGAAUACGGCAAGUGCCCACACUGCGCCAUGAUGGACUGGAGCACAUGCAUCAACCGGCUCACCAAGGUGCAAGAGUUAUUGCACCGUGAGAACCAGCAGAAGAAAUGCCAAGCUGCCCAAUCGGGGUCCAAGCCGGAGACCACCCCAGCCACCCUCAGCGAAUCAAAAAUCAUGAAAGAACCUGUCCCAGUCUUGCCCCAUUUGGCGCCUCUACCAGCUACAACCGUGCAGUCCUCCACUCUUCCAGUGAUGCUUACCAUCCUGUCCCCUCCCACCUUACAAGCUGAAUCCAAUCCCACUGUCCAUAAAAGUGCCCAUGUGUCUCCGCUGGCCAAUCAGCAGUCUGCUGACCAGCCCCUUCCUCUGGGCCAGUCCAGCUCUCUUGCUGGAACGCACCGCUCCCGCAAACGGAAGCACUCCUCCACGUGCCACUCGCGCCGAUCCAAGUAUUCGAAGCGGAGUCGCAGGCGUUGCCGCAGACGAUCACCCUCCUCCUCCUCCUCUUCCUCCUCCUCCUCGUUCAGCUCGUCGUGUUGGAGCUCCUCGGAUGCCUCGUUCCAAGAGGUGAGGUCACGGAAAGCUCCCCGGACAGAGUCCAAGGUCAGGCGGCUACUGGGGAUGGUGCAGCAGAAGCUGGAAGCCCAGCAGCAGGCCGCUGAGGCACAGUGGACCCUCCUGGAGAAGCGUAUUGAGGCUCUGGAGACCAGGGCCACUGAGCCAGCACCGCUACUCCCUACCACCACCCCUCAGUCAGUAUCUGAAUCCCCUCCAACAAUCGAGGGGCGGGGGGACGAGCCAGAGGAGCGGCAUGACGUGCGUGCAGUGGGACCAGCCGUGGAACCAGUCCUUCACACUGUGGUGAAACAGGAGGAGGAACCUGCUUCCAUCUCGACUGGCUGGAAGGCGGAGGGCCCCACUGGGGAUGCAGGUGUGUCCCACCUACCUGAGGAACCCAUCUCUAGGCAGGAUGUUCUCGCAGCUGCCGAGCUUCAGGCUCUCAUCGCCCGUGCCGCCAAGUACCUCAGCAUCGAGUUCCCUGGCACACAGGCCAACCCUACCUCCCCGUGUCCCACCAUGGUUCCCGAGUUCGAGAGCCUGGUCCAGAGCACGUGGUCCAACCCUGCCAGCUCGCGGCCCUUCAGGGAGCUGUUCUGCAAGAUGUACCGGCUGCACGAGCACCAAGCCCCAGCUUACGACCGCAUGCCCCAAGUCGGACGUUUCAUGGCAGCCAUCUUCCAGGCCGUGGAACCCACGGAAAACAGGGAGCCGACGCUGCCAGCCAAGCGCUGGAGCUUCACUGAGACCCAGGCAGAGAGCAUGUAUCAGACUGCUGGAAUGCUGGUCAGGACUGCCAACUAUCUGCGAUACCUCUCGGACUACCAGCAGAACCUCUUGCAGGAAGUCUCUGAGGAUGCUCCCUCCGAGCGACUCGUGACCAUCCUCAACGAGCUGAAGCUGAUUGGUCAGUUUGCCUUCCAGCUGUCCUCCCACCAGGCUGAGCUCUCUGGCAGGGUUAUGGCGGGGUCGGUAGCCAUCCGGAGGCAGGUCUGGAUGGCCAAGACCAACUACACUGAUUCCCUGAAAGCGACAGUAGCGGACCUUCCCUACGUGGUCUGUCAGACCGUGGAGGUCGGUACAGGCACCACAUCCACUGAGGACCGAUGCAAACAGGAAGCACCAUGUGCACCUCAGAGCACAUGAAAAAAUCUUGAUGCGGGGGGGGGGGGUCAAAAUUACAACUGAAUUCAGCAAUUCUGUUAAACACUAAUGUUACAUUACUUUUGUAACUGGCUGUACUUUUACAUUUAGUUUUUGGAUGUCCUGUCUAAGUUUACCAGCCUUCAGAAAAGGCAGUUGGUUUAAAAUUGACAAAAGAUUGAAAUCUUUUGAAUGUGUACAUGUACAUCUGCGGCAGUUUAUGUAGUUACAGAAAUACAGCAUACCUCUGAUUAUUGCUAAACAGCACUCUGGUGUCAACUCCUGUUAUUUAAAGACAAAUGGAUGUUUUUUUUGUAUUUAUAAUGAAGGGCUGUGAGGAUACUGGAAUGACCAUUCUGAAAAAGGUGAUGUCAUUCUAAGUUGUUGAUUGUGGGUUAAAUCUAUGUUUAUGGCCCUCAUUGGCUAACACAGUCCAACAAAAGAUGUUCUCAGGUUGAAUGUUUCCUUUGGUUACUGAAAACUCUUCUGUGAUUCAUGUUUGACUCUUAAGUGGUACCACUUGCUCCUGCUGGACUCCUAAUUGGAGAACCUCCAAUAUUUUGUGUUCAAUAAAUUGUGCAUUUUUAUACUUUA